AAUUAUUAAAUGUCACAGUCUAAAGCAUUUUUAUGUGACGUCGUAUUAGAAAGGAGUGAUAGUCUAGAGUAUUCAGAGUUGUUAGACGGUUUAGGCGAUGACUUAAUAGAAAACAACUUCGUCGGAUCACUCCCACCAAAGCCUACUAAGCUCCCAAACCAACAGUCUUUCUCCCAGCAAUUGAAUGAGCUAGUCAGUACCGAGAAAUCCUACGUUAAGCGUAUCACAGCCCUGAAACUCAACUACUCAGACCCACUCAGACAGUUCGCUAAGCACAAAGACACGCAAAUUAUCAACUUAUUUGACGCUAAGACUCUUUUCGGUAAUAUUGACCAGUUAGUCACCGCAAACACCGCGUUUUUAAACGAAUUGGAGCACGCGAAUGAGUUCAACAUUGGAAACAUCUGUUUGGCGCAUUUCCCAAAUUUCACAUGCUACAAUCAGUACUAUUUCAACAGGCAGAAGAGUGUUGACCUUUUCAAAGAUCUUCUCAAGAAAAAGUCCUUUGUCGAGUUCAUCGACAGAACGAAAUGGCAGACAACGGGCCUAAAUAACAUCGGUUUGCGUGAACUUCUUAUGGAACCGGUCCAACGCAUCCCCAGAUACAUCCUCCUCUUUCAAGGAAUGAUGAAUUACUUAGAUGAACAACAUGACCAAAGAACACAACUCUACAAAUCUUUAGAUCUGGCAUCAAAGAUCGCUUCAUGUGAAGCUGACGAAACAACGAAGAGGGCAACCCUCAUGCACACCCUCCAACGCAAUAUACAAAACUUCCCACCUAAUUUGAUAUCUCACAACCGCACACUCAUCGACUGUCUCGAUGUAAAUGACCUUCCAACUCCUAUGACCGGACAUAUCGAAGAGCCGCUACCAUGUACUGUAUUUUUAUUCAACGACAAACUCGUUAUCGCAAAGCGUCCGUCAAGCAACUCCCGUGGUCGUAAACUCUCAGGUCUGGACGACCUUGAUGCGUCUAAUCCUUCAGCCACACCAGCAAAGUCCUGGGGAAUAUCCAAGACACAGCUGGUCUGUAAAAUUGUCGCAGAUUUGUCUGAAUUGACUGUAACUGAUUUAUCGAAUGAAGAAUUCGGUGUUGUAUUCCAAAGUUCAGCUUUCUCCGAUUGUGAUGAUGAACGCUUUAACAGAACAUCGAAAGCAUUUCAAGUAACUCAAGUCGCAUUUUCUCCAAGUGAGCCACUCUCCACUGCCUCACCAAUGUCGAGGUUUAUCACAAAGAUCUGGAAACAGCAGGCCCUGUUACGCGCAAAAGAUGGUAAUUCUUAUGCUAAGAUAUCUAGAGAUUGGCUCCCACUCAUGAGUGGUGCUGUCGCUGGUGGUCGAGGAAAUGGUCAGGCUAGGCUGUAUUUCAAUGUCUAUGAGAGCCGCGACAAGUGGUUCAGAUCUGCAAAUAAAUCCAAAGCGGUCCUUCAAAUCGACGGAACUCAUGGUCAAGCGGAUAGUAUACCAGUCGGAGAAGGCGGUACACUUCCCUUGCUAGUCAUACGAGCUGAAGCGAUGGAGGGUAACCUCUGCAGACUUACAACCGAAUUCAGUAAUCCACCCGAGACGCUCAACGAGAUUAUGAAUAUUGAAGACGUCUACACCAGAGUUGUCUGGCACAUCCAAGCUCAAGGGUUAUACGAUUACAAGCCAGCAGGUUUGGCUACGAUGGGUAAAAAACGUGAAAGGGCUCCAUCAUCGCCAACGAAACUCAAGUUUGAGAGUAUAUCCAAAGGCUUCUUCAAGAACGGUAACAGUGGUAACAAACUUGGUGUCCCUGACCAGCAUGACUUCAGUAAUUCGACAAAUUCACACAACUCACACAGGCGGACUCGUUCAUUGGUUAGUAAGUCUAGUAGCACUUUCGGUAGUUUAUCGAGUGCCGUGACAUCCACACCGGCAACAUCUGUUGAGGGUCCGAGCGGCGGUACAGGAAAACCACCAUCACCACUGCCUAAGUCACCGCCACAGCAAACUUACGAGCGGAAAGUCAAGAGGAAACAAACUCCUGCAUCACAUGAAGCCGAGCGCGAAGCUGCAGAAGAAGCGUACCGGAAAGCCGAGUGUUUACGCGCUGAGCAACUCCAACAGGAGGAAGAAGAGCGCCAAGCGGCUAUCAAGAAGGCCGAAGAGGAGGUUGAAUUACUCAACUACCGUGACAGAGUUCGGGCAUCUUAUCUCGACAGACCACAUUCUGUACCACCACCGUCGACUUCAAACAUGACAGAUGAAGAUGGCGACGACAGUGAUGCCUACGAUGACGCACAAUCAGACGUUGCAGAUACGCUCAGACGCCGCAAUACACGUUCAAGUAUGGCUACAGUUGGAAAUUACAGUAUACGCUCAGAGGCAACCACUUCAGUGCCAUGGGGAAGCGACACUGAAGCGCGGACAUCUGACGCUACCCAAGGAAAUGGCUCAACUAUAUCCAAUUCAACAAGUGUUGAUCUCAGAUUUAGUGAGAGUGAUUCAUUCCCUAUCGAUCAGGCCGAGGCCGACCUAGACAGACAACCGUCAUAUGUUCCGGGAGGAGCAGACGAGGCAACUGUUGGAGCACGGACUGAUUCAGGACGUACUGAUUCAACACAUUCGAAAUCUAGAUCUACGUCGAGACGUCGCUCAUCGAGUCUGCCGAGCUACCCAACUGAAAGUGUUAGCAGCUCACUCAUACCACCAGAGCCGGCAUUUAGUAUGUCAAGGCAACCAACUACAUCUUCAGUAUGGUCACGUAGUACCGGUUUAAGUGCUUCUUCAUCCACCCGUAAACCAUUUGGUCCACGACAACAAUCGACAAACUCAAGUAGAGGCACACCAACUCCAAGGGUCGGAACUGGCUAUAGGAUGGAUUUGCCAGUUGUCCGACCAUUGUCAAUCCCAUCGAAGAAGCCAGUUGAAGAUACAUACGGAUAUACCAAUGCACUCAACGACUGGGUCUACGGAGAUGACAGGAACGAUGAGAAAGAAAAUGCCAGAAGUAUGCCGCCACCAUCCAAACCAUCGGUAAAAAGGCACGCCGUCAUGAUGGACCUCGGACUUGAGAAUCGGAAACGAAAGUGGGGGGAAAUACAGAAAGAGGGUAAUAACGCAGAUUAUCUAGAAUACCUAAUUGAUAGUUUAGACCAAGAUGCACAAGUGUGGAAAAAACACAAAUCUGGAGAGAUAAAUGAGAAAUCUUUCAAGGAAAUGGAAAUAGCAAAGUAUAUAGAAACAGAAGUAGCUAGAAAGCUACAAGAAAGAGUCUCAAAAGAUGAAGAAAAAAUGAAAAUACUCGAAAAGCAAUUGAUGGAAUGUAAGAAUGAAAUAAGUGUAUUAUACGAAUCGUUCAAUGAGGAAUUGGAUGGAAUGUACGCUGAUGUAAACUCCGGAGACGAUGCUAUAGAAAAAAUGUCUCGUGACUUGUUCGUGGCAAAAUCUCAAAGAAACGAAUACUUGAAGAUAUCUACGGAGUUAAAGCAACAGUUAGAUUUAUUAAUGUAA